UCUUUACUUGAUUAAUCUUCACAAGGGAAAAGGUUUACUUGAUCGAGAAACUGCAAGCUAAGGCACUCGAUAUGAGCGGAAUGGGCGGGUUGAGAUCGGAAGCAGCGGCCCUGCUGUUGACGUUGAUCGCCGUCUCUCGUUUUCCGGCCACCGCGGCAGGCGCUCAGUACAGAGUUGGGGCUGCGGCUGCUUGGAAUGUAGGAGGUGUUGAUUAUCACGAGUGGGCUUCCCACAAGGUUUUCCAUGUUGGAGACACCUUCAGUUUUGAAUACAAUCCCCAUGAACACAAUGUGUUGCGAGUGAGCCGCGAAGACUACCAUUCUUGCAAAACGACGUCGCCAAUAGCCACUUACACCUCCGGCAACGACUCAAUAACUAUAAUGGGCCCAGGCCACUACUACUACAUUUGUGGGUUCGAAGGCCAUUGCCAGGCUGGGCAAAAGAUCGACAUUAGAGUUCCUAAAACUAAUCAGCGUGUUGAGGUUCCCAAUGGAAGCCCAGCCCAAUCACCCCAGAAUUAUGGGCCUCCAUCGUCUUCGCCAAAUUAUGGGCCUCCAUCGUCUUCGCCAAAUUAUGGGGCUCCUCAACUUAGCCCAUCAUACACCGCGGAUAAUACAAGUGGCGCUCCAUUCUUACAAAUUGGGCUUCAUGAUCUUGCCUUGCUUCUUGUAAUACCCAUUUGUCUAAUUUAAGCAUCCUAUAUCUGAAGUACAUUAGCAUGUUUUUAUUUAAUUGAGUUGUCUUAUUUGAUUUUCUUUAUUAUUGGCUAUAUCGAUCAAAUAUGAAGUGUUUAAUGUUUUGAGAUAUUAUAUUAUGCUAUUUGCUACAAGUAUUAGUAGUAUAUAUACCUAACAG